AUGUCCAGUUAUAACAGCAGUGGCGAUGAGCAGAUGCAGCUGAUUCAGGUGGACCCCGUGCGGAGGAACAUCUCACUGGCGCUGACACAGGUCAUCGUGUGGCCCUUUAUCUAUCUCAUCUUCCUCAUGCUCCUCAUAUUCUCCAAGAAAGAGACUUUUACAACUGAAAUGCGCUAUAUAUUGUUCGGACACUCUUUGUUAGUAGACUUAACGUUUCUUCUUUUGACGGAUUUUGUGGUGCUUUUGUCAUACAACCUUGUUUUAUUACCUCUGCAGUUCUGCAUCCCUGUUUGCAUGUUUAUAGAAACAGUGGCAGUAAGUGCACCUCUGACCGUCGGCGCCAUGUGUGUGGAGCGUUAUGUGGCCAUUUGCCUGCCUCUUAGACACCAUGCCAUCUCCACCUCCAGAAGAGCCUUCAUGGUGAUUUUAAUGAUCUGGAUCGUGAGCUCCAUAAACCCGUUUAUUGACAUGUUCAUUCUCGUCAGCACAGCCUCUCAUGAAUACUUGACUCAGCUCACACACUGCCACUAUGAGAUUAUGAUCCCUGAAAAGAUCCGCGUGUUUGCCAGGGGGUUGUUGUACAUUGUGGGGCUCGUGGUUAUUUUAAUAAUUGAGAUAUUUUGCUAUGUAAUGAUUUAUCUCGCUGCUCGUGCUGCAUCUGGUGACAAUAAGAAAUCUGCGUCGAAAGGGCAGCGCACUAUUUCCCUGCACAUACUUCAGCUGUUUUUAUGCACUGCAGAGGUGAUGUGCCCUUACAUUGAGUCUGUGGUCAUGCAGUAUGAUAUUCAGUCAUAUCUGACUGUACGAUUUAUAAACUUCCUGGCAUUCAGCAUCACUUCUAGAGCGGUCAGUCCUCUUGUGUAUGGAUUUAGAGAUGAGAAAUUUUAUACAGCGAUGGUUUACUUUAUCAGAUGCAAAAACAACACAAUCUCU